GUUCCCAUUAACUUUCCACAGUCACAAAACGUCAACAGAAACGAUAACUGGCAACUGGCAGUUGUAAAAACACGAUUCGUGCACUGACUAAAAUUUUGUUGCUUAUAGUCCAAGGCCUCCCAAAUAAUAUUUGCCCCGGUAAAACGAUCGAAAAUGAAUCGCAGUGACGGUUUAAUACAAAGACGGAACAUUCUACGAGAAAAUAAUAGUGAAGGUGUGCCAAAUUCGCCACAGAGCGAUGACAACAGGCCAGAUAGGGACGAAGAGGUCGACGAUGGGGAUUCCAAAGAAACCAGGCUUACCCUUAUGGAGGAAGUUUUAUUAUUAGGCCUCAAAGAUAAAGAGGGUUACACGUCGUUUUGGAAUGAUUGUAUUUCAAGUGGUUUAAGGGGAUGUAUACUCAUUGAGUUAGGAUUAAGAGGUCGAGUUGAACUUGAAAGGGCUGGGAUGAGACGCAAAGGUUUAUUAACUAGGAAGCUUAUUCUUAAAAGUGACACCCCGACCGGUGAUGUACUUCUCGAUGAAGCACUUAGACAUUUAAAGGAAACGGAUCCCCCAGAAACUGUACAAAGUUGGAUUGAAUAUCUUAGUGGGGAAACAUGGAAUCCACUAAAAUUAAGAUAUCAAUUGAAAAAUGUCCGGGAAAGGCUUGCCAAAAACUUGGUUGAAAAAGGAGUGUUAACUACUGAAAAACAAAACUUUCUCCUAUUCGAUAUGACCACACAUCCCCUUACUGAUAAUGUGACCAAAAGCAAAUUAGUUAAAAAGAUUCAAGAUGCUGUGUUAUCAAAAUGGGUAAACGACGCACAAAGAAUGGAUAAACGUAUGUUGGCAUUGAUAUUUUUGGCUCAUGCGAGUGAUGUAUUGGAGAAUGCGUUUGCGCCAUUAAACGACGACGAUUACGAGCUGGCGAUGAAGCGAGUUCGAGAAUUACUGGAUUUGGAUUUCGAGCAAGAAUCGGUGAAGCCGAAUACCACGGAAGUGCUGUGGGCGGUUUUUGCGGCGUUCACGAAAUAAUCCGUCGCUAUUCUCGGUUCCGGGUCAUUUUGUAUAGGUACUUUUCUAAAAAUUCUUUGUAAAUAAAUUAGCGUUCCCUUCCCCCCACCCAGAAAAAAAAACAUUCUCCUCCAUCCUGAGGACGGAAAGCGACGUUUUUCCGUCGAAUAUAGUAUUUCGAUUGUUAUUUAUGUCCGUUUCGGGUCGCAUUUUGAUGAUUAAUGAUUUUAUAUUAUAAUUAAAAAUAUUGAAAAAAAAUUAAAGUAAUAAUGAGAAGAAAUAAAAGUAUCAGUAUACAUUAAAUAUACAUACACAUAGUAUUGAUGUAAAUUAAACUAAUUAAUAUUUUGUUUAAACACAACGUUUUGAGCAAAAAUCAGAACGUUCUGUUGAAAAUAAAAUCGAAAUUUUAAGAAAAUGGAUAAAACAACCAAACAAACUCACUAAAAGUUUUUUUUGUAUCAGUCUUGUUUCUUGUAAGUGAAAAAAGAAUGUAUCUUCUUAUUAAUUAUAUGAUUUAUAGGUAUAAAAAGCUUGUUUUAUUGUAUAGCCGGUUUUUUUUAUUAAAAAAAGAUUUUAGAUGGAGAUUUUCUUUAAAUGUAUUUGUGUAUAUAGAAAUAGGGCCAGUUUUUAAAAAAGUUUUUUUUCUUUUAAACUCACUUUAACGACUGCCUCCAAAACAUUCCACGUUUUGGACACCGUUGGAUGAACUUAUGCUAGUCUAAAGUAUUUUUAAAAACACAUCAAAAAAUAUAUGCAUAAAUAUAUAUAAUAUAUGUCAUAUCAACUGUAUGCUAAUAUAAAAAUCAUUUUCGUGUCCAAUUUUGUUUAUAAGGUUUAGAAAUAAGUUUGUGCAUGGGUACAUUAUUAUUUUCUUUUUUUUGUUCAAAUCUCUGUCUAAAAUCAUGGUGAGAUUUUUUUAUUGAAUAGAGUUAAUAGUCUCCUCCGACUUAUGGCUAUAUGUGAUAUAAACUAAAAUUGAAAAUUAAAAAAAAUAUAUAUAAAUAUUAACUUAGCCCACUUUCACAUUAUAAAUAAAAGAAACGAAGUUAAUUGGCGAUGAUGUACGUGUGGUAUUCGGUAAAUACACGGAUUUUCAUGCAUUAUUUUCUUUCAUUUUAAUUUUAAGCGCACCUUAGUUCAGCUAAUGUAUUAAAAAUUGAACUUUUUUUGUGUAUGUAAAAUUUAUACAUGUUAUAGUUAACAUUUUUUCAAACAAUAAAUGUAUAUAUACUAUA